AUGCAAAACCUUCCACGGAUAAAUGGCCUUCGCUACCGGAACCGUCCGCCUCGGCCCGCGCUCUCGGGAAGAGAGGAGGUUUGCAGCGCAGGAAGUAGGAGCCCAGGCGCCGCGCAAUGGCAAGCGGGGCGGCAGCGGAGGCGUCGCGGCCCGGGGACGAGGCGCUGCGCGGCUGGGAGCGGUAAAGUACAACAAAAAGGUCGCCCCGAAGCGGGGGCAUCAGGAGAAAGAGGCGCUGGGCGCUCUGGGGCUUGUAUCUCUCUGAGCGCUGGGUCCGCGGAGCCUCCCUGGGCGCCUCCGCCGCCCGGCUGCAGCCGCUUCUCCUCGGCCAGAGGCGGCGCGCGGCAAGACCCGCUUCCCCGCGAAACGCAGGCGCGGCUUGCAAAGGCGGCCGCCUCCCCGCCUCUCCAGCAGUCACGGGCGCGGCGUCGCCGCCUGCCGGUGGCUAAGGCGGUGUCAGCACGGAGUCAGCUGCAAAUGAUCAUUCCCCGUGGGCAGCCGGUGAGCGAGACUAUCACAUUUUCAGGGAGGGAUCAGGCCCAGCUCAAGGCAGAAGUGAUUGAACAAGAUACAGAGGAAUGGCAAGGCAAUCCCAGCUUUGCUGGGUUGGAAAGAGUUGGAGGGGUGGACCUGUCUUACGUCAAAGGAGAUGACACGAGUGCCUGUGCUUCACUGGUAGUACUCAGCUACCCAGACCUCAAGGUGCUGUAUGAAGACUGCCGCAUGGUGGUAGUUAACGCCCCCUAUGUGGCGGGCUUCCUGGCUUUCCGAGAAGCCCCUUUCCUUGUGGAGGCUGUGCAACGGCUGGAGGAACACCAACCUGGCCUCAGGCCUCAGGUCCUCCUUGUGGAUGGAAAUGGCACCCUGCAUCAUAGAGGGUUUGGCAUUGCCUGCCAUCUUGGUGUGCUCACAGGUCUGCCAUGUAUUGGUGUGGCCAAAAAUCUCCUGCAGGUGGAUGGUCUGGCCAAUGACGAGCUACAUAAGGAAAAAAUCCGGGACCUGCAGGUGGGAGGAGACACAUUCCCACUAUCAAGUACUUCAGGGAGAAUCCUGGGUAUGGCCCUGCGCAGCUAUGCCAAGAGCACAAAACCUGUGUACAUCUCUGUGGGCCACAAGACGAGCCUUCAGUCAGCUGUGAGCCUCGUCCACUCCUGCUGCAGGUACCGGGUCCCUGAGCCCAUCCGUCAGGCAGACAUAAGAUCCAGAGAAUACAUCCGGAAGCAUGUGGAAGCCGCUUCAGCUGCGCUGUCUCCGCCAGAGAGGAUGAGUGAAGAUGCAGACUCUGAGUAG